GUUAUGAGUGACGAUGUGGAAGAAGCACUCAGUGAUUCAGAGUACCUUGAAUUACUAAACAAACUGGCUCAUCUUCCUGACCUGUCAGUCAGUAAAACACCAUCCCAGCAUGGAUACACCAUCAGUAGUCAUAAUAUUCAGGAUAAUGUGAUCGUUCUGGAAGCUGGCAUUAUGUCAGGUGGCAACGAGGUGGCUAGCAGUUACCAUUCAGUGCCUGAAUCACUCAGUGAAAUACUAGCUGGAGUGAGAAUAUCAGAAGAUGAUGUUGACAAUGAGGUGAACAAGGCAGAGGAAGUGUUGCCAGAUCUUGAUUUGAAUGAUCUGGAUAUUAGUAGUAAUGAAAAUUCAAGCAAUGAUAGCUUCUUGGAUAUCUCCGAGGCAAGCAGCUUGAAUGAUGACAACUGGAGUGCUACCUAUCCAGAGCAGGCAGUAGACAAGAAGUCUCACUGCCUGUGGAACUGUCAGAAAUCAGGUUCAGGGAUAUUGAAGUUCUUCCAGACAUAUGAAAAAGUUGCCCACCAUUUGCUCUACUCAGUGUUGAUUGGUCGAACAGUUGUGCUAGUGGGAAGUGACAGCUCUGAACCCAAAGUGGCAAGCAUUAUGAAUGUCCUGUCACCUUAUAUACCAGUGAUGCCAGGACAAGAAGUCCAACUUCUGAGGUGGCACUGUGGUAUCCUGGUGCCAUCGCACAUUUCCUCCUAUCAUAUGAUUGGGGUCUGCGUUCCAGAGAGGCUUUCAGUACAUGACAUGAUCAGUUCCAAGGAUAAGAACUCUGUCACUAUUUUGGAUGUCUCCAACAAGCAGCUGUUUGGACCAGCAUAUUCAGGUCAACUCUUAGGGUCACUGGAGCACUCGGCAAAACACAUGCCAAGUGACCAGAGUCUCUUGUUAUUCCUGCAGACAAUUGCAGCAGCACUGAAUGAGAAACUGUUCAUGUACCUUAUGUUAGUGAAAAUGAAACCAGUAUCAGAGAAAGUUCACUCACGACAAUCCCCUGGAAGUGAUAUUUUAAGAGACCUUGGACUGGAUGGCUGUGAUGCUGAGAUUGUGAGGAAUCUCAGUAGAGUUGGAUCCAUAAGUUGGAACUCUGUGCAGCAUGCUUAAGCUAUUUGUUUGCAUUUCAAAUAUGGGUAUGCCACAAUUUAUAUAUCAUCAUAUAUCAUCAGAGCCCUACUCUGAUUUGUUUUGGAGGCUGGACAUGUUGAUCUGCCAUGUGAAGGCUUGUGCACGUGUAUAUCAGCAGUAGUAUAUAGAGAUUAAAUUCAUUAAACCCAGACUGAAAGCGGCCUCCGUAGUCUAGGGGUAACGUUCCCACCUCAUGACCCAAGGUACGCGGGUUCAAACCCUGCGGAGG